CCGGGUUUCUGUAAGUGGGUGAUCUCCGCUGUAGAGGCUCUCUGGCCGCGUUGCUGUGGUGACGGAGUGUUUACAGAGCGGAGGAGCCGCUGUGAGCCUGUGUGUGAGUCUCUGUGUGUGUGAGGAGUAAUAUGAGGAGUUUUGUGUGUGUGAGGAGGUCCGUGUGUGAGGAGGUCCGUGUGUGAGGAGGUCUGUGUGUGUGUGAGGAGGUCCGUGUGUGAGGAGUUCUGUGUGUGUGAGGAGUUUUGUUUUGUGUGUGUGUGAGGAGUUCUGUGUGUGAGGAGGUCUGUGUGUGUUUGUGUUAGAAGGUGUGUGUGUGUGAGGAAGUGUUUGUGUGUGAGGAGGUGUGUGUGUGAGGAGGUCUGUGUGUGUGUGUGAGGAGGUGUUUGUGUGUGAGGAGGUGUGUGUGUGAGGAGGUCUGUGUGUGUGUGAGGAGGUGUGUGUGUGUGUGUGUGAGGAGUUCUGUGUGUGAGGAGGUCUGUGUGUGUGUGUGUGUGAGGAGGUGUGUGUGUGUGAGGAGGUGUGUGUGUGUGUGUGUGUGUGAGGAGGUGUGUGUGUGUGUGUGUGAGGAGGUGUGUGUGUGAGGAGGUGUGUGUGUGUGAGGAGGUGUGUGUGUGUGAGGAGGUGUGUGUGAGGAGGUGUGUGUGUGUGUGUGUGUGUGAGGAGGUGUGUGUGAGGAGGUGUGUGUGUGUGUGUGUGUGAGGAGGUGUGUGUGAGGAGGUGUGUGUGUGUGUGUGUGUGAGGGAGGUGAAAGAUGGAGGUUGUGCUCCAGGCGUCCGCAGCGCUCAGUAAGAGUGAGGGGAGGAGGAGCAGCGCGCCGCCCCUCAGACAGCUGCUGGAGGAGAGCAGGAGGACCGGCUCUCAGCACCCGCUACCAACCAGGGUUUAUGUCAAGUUUAGGAGCAAUAAUACAGUUGAAGUGGACCCACUAGAGCUUCAUUUCCGUGGGUUUGAGGUGGGAAGGAACUACAAAAAGGUUUUGAAACUCAUCAAUAUUUCUUCUGAUGUGCUCGACGUUCACAUUCUCCCCACCCAAACGAAGUACUUUCACACUGAGUAUACCAAAAAGAAUCGACUCGUUCCAGGACUCUCCUACACCAUUACUGUGCGCUUCAGUCCCGAUGAGUGGAGGUACUUUUAUGACAGCAUCCGGGUUCAUUGCCAGGGAGAGGAAAACUUGCUGGUUCCAGUCCAUGCGUAUCCUGUGAUUGAUGAUCUGCAUAUUCCAUCCCACAUCUACCUGCCAGCGGUGCCACUGGGUCACAGCAUCGCUCAUGUGAUUCCUUUGAGCUGCAGCUGUCCAAUAGACUUUGAGUUCCAGGUUCACUGCUUGCAGCCUCAUGAGGCAUUCACCAUACAGCCAUUGUCAGGAGUCAUCCCAGCUAAUGGGAAGACGGACUUUACAGUCACGUUCAGACCAGACCAGUAUGGCACAGCUGAAAUCACCCUGCAGCUGCUCAUCUCUCAGUUUAACUCCAAGCCUUUCGUCUGCACACUGACUGCAUCCUGUUCUCCCCAGUGUACUCGAGGGCAACCAGGGAAAAAUGAAAAGAGUAAUACAAUUCUCCAAGACCGAAAACCAGAGGUGCUGCUGUCUCUGCCAGCUGAUCGCAGGAUCAAGCUCCAAAGAUUUCAGCAUAAAAAGAAGAUUAAACCAGACGAUUCUCCUCAGAGCUCUGCUGUGGAUGUGUCCACUCCUGCUGGACUUGCCAAGAUGCUCCUUCAACCCCACGAUAAACUGAGCUACAAGCUCCUCCGUGAGGCUAUGUCACAUACUCAGACAGCACACCAAACAAGACAGAUGAAAGAAGCUUCACUUGAAAAUAAAGUUCAAUUUAAUGUUCAGAAGGAGAGAGCUAAUCACCUUCAAUGGCAGGUGAAUCUAGGUGAACUCUUGUCCUCAACAGAGCAGAAAAUGAAGAUUUUGCAGGAACAAGAGUUUGCAGCUGCUGAGUAUAAAGCAGGAAGAGACUCAGGGGGCAGGGAGGCAGAUUUUAACAGUGUCUUGCCAAAACUGUCACUGCACCGUGUUCAGCGAAAUGCAGAGCAGACGCCUCACCACCUUCCUGCAUUCAGUGUGAAUGUCAGCAGUCAGCUGGAGGUCAGGCAGCGGCUGCUUAGACUCUUUCAACAAGCUGCUUAUAAGGUCAUUCUGCAGUGUCGUAUGAAAAAUAGACUGCUGGUGCUUCAAAAACUGGCCUCCAAUAUAAGGAAGAAAGUAGAAGGACAUAAAGGAACAGAACCGGAGGAAAAAACACUUUUAAAGAUGUCACCAGAAAAGUUAUUAUCCUGUAUGUCGCCCAGCUUUACUCCCACAGACCAACAAGACCAGUUUGCUGUAAAACAACUUGGACAUGUUUCUGAGAGGACUUUUAGAUCAGAUUUGACCACCAGCAUUCCUUUUUUCAGUCUGAAGUUUCCUCAGCAUUACAGACUCAUGGGUUAUCAAGAAGUGUCUGUCUAUGAUGCUGGAGCCUCUUUUAUUAACUCCAAGCUCUGUAGACCUUUACGCACUGGAGCACAGGAUGAGCUGUUGCCCACAGUGAUGUUUUCUGCUGUGGAGCUCUGCGAGGAGAAGGAGCUGCAGCAGGAAGAGGAACUUGGAUCAGAGUUUAACAACCCUUUGAGUUUUACUGCUCCUGAAAAUCUGAUAAAUCCAGUUACCGCUCAGCCUCUCAGGAUCUUUAACCCUGCUCCCAGUCUGUUCGCCUACAAACCAACCCCACAUCCCCUGGAGACUGACCCGGAGCUCCCGGCGCACCCGGCCUCCAGAGGCAGCAUUACAGGAAAUAAGGACAUUAUUAAAGGAAUUAUGGUAUGGAAGAAGUUUCCCUCCAUGGCCCUGACCUUGUUUUCCAAUACUUCACUAACGUCCAGUAACUGGGCCUCACGCAGGUCUGAUCCCUUCAGCAGUUCUGUUCUGCCUCUGGAAGCCCCGCCCCCCCUGUCUGAUCUUCCUCACAGCAUCCGAGAAGAGACUCUCUCUGGAGCGACUGAAGGUACUGGGGUUAGUCUUACUCCUGAAAUGGUUUUGGCCGAGUUCACAGUUUCUGAUAAUUCCCCUCCUAAACCAGCAAAAGAAGACGACUAAAGACGGCGGAUAAUAAAAACACAUUUUCACAAAGUUUCAUGGUGUUGAAAUAGGCAGGCCCUCAAAGUGCCUUUUCUUUUCUUACCUGUAGUUUGUGCUGAAAUGUGUCAGCUGAGGGGUUAAUACAGCACAGUGACACGCUUAAAGUCAGGUGCAUAACUUUGUCAUCCCUGGUAAUAUUUCAUAUUUAUUGGUUUUGAGUCACUGUACCUGCUAACACUGAUGUUCUGUCCUGCAGGCCACUGAACAAUUUUUACUCUUAUUUGAUGAUAAUUUGAGCAAAAUCAACAUAAAUUAACUUGUAUAUUUAGUUUGUUUGCAUGUCUUUAUAGCUAGAUAUGAACAGCUGCUGGAAUCACAAAGCAGCAAACUUGGCUCCAGAGUUUUAGCCAGGAUUAAAUAUUUUAAAUCUAUACAGAGCUUACAAAUAUUGUUUCUUUAUUUGUUGAAAAAACAUGUACAAAUGUGUUUAAAAUAAUUAAAUAAAAUUAUUUUUUAACUAAA